AGAGCUCAACGUGCCAGUGUGAUUCGAGACUUUCGUGUUUUCCGCGGUUUAAGCUCGUCAAAAGUAAGCCUCGCGCUCGGAUUUUCAUCCCCGAGAGUGUCGAAAGUGAGUCUCGUGCGUUUGUAGUCGUUGAGUAGUCGCAGGAAACGAAGGUUUCGUGAUAUGAACGGUCGGGAGUGUCGAGUCAACCCAAGUAGAACAGAUUUUUCAUUUCCCUGGCGUUUUCGAUCUGUUGAAGGAAAAAAUCGGCCCGUGUGAAUGGCGUUUUGCGUGCCCGACGCGCGUGCAAGCCCGCAGCGUGCUCGUCCUCGACCCUGCUGCUGCGGGUCUAGGCACGAUCUCUAGAGUCCCGCAUGCCACUCGCUAAUCCUGUCCUACGUGGUCUACGCGAACAACGCUGAGGGGACCAGAAGGCGGAUGAUGUGUGGAGUGUGCGUGCAUGUCACGUGCGUGUGCUGACGGACGAGACCCGGCGAUGGAGCGUGCAAUCAACGAUGCGUCAACAUUCGCAAGCGUUAUGGUGCCAGUUUCGUCCACGGUGAUUCCGCUACCCGUUUACAAAGUGGGCUACGGCUUGGGCUUCAUAUCGAAAGACAAAAAGGCGCAGUCGUCGUUCAAGCCGGAAGGAGGCAUCAAACUGAUAACCAUCAAGAAAACCCAGGAGAAGAAAACGUGAACAGAGGCGCCUAACUACACCCGACGUCAAAUGCUAAUUCGCCGGAUGCGCGCAUCACGUUUCACAAAGUAAACAUUUCGCUCGCGUUAAAACGCGAUUUCAAUGGGUUUUCUUACGGGCGUCAGCUCGCGCGCCAGUUUCGCAACUUCAUGACUUGCAGAUUCAUCUCGGACGAGGGAAAAUUUCCAUGGAAUUCAUCCGACUCCAUCCGACAGAUUGGUACGCAAAACAACGACAGCGAAACGCGAGCACGCCAUGCGCGAGAGAGCAGCUCGUCACGUUAAGUCUAAUGUAGUUCUCUAAGGAGCUUCACACCAAAAAAGUAAUAUACCUCUCCGUAACUGUUAAUCAAUUAAUUUUAUCAAUGAGAGCACGUUAUCACGUCUGAGACGCUGAAUCAAAAUAUAUACGUUAAUUAGCGGUCGCUCGCGCAUAACGUCCGCGUCGACCAAGAUUUCUCAAAUGUUUAUAUUUUUUUACGAACUAGUAAAUAACAAAGUAUAUUUAUUCUUGACCCAAUGUUGUUAAUAUACAAUUAACGUAAAUAAUACUGAUUGUAAUGACAAGUAAAUUUGUUAAUUUGUAUAAAUAGCGUAGGGAUUUUUCUUUUUUUGAUUAUCUUCAUGAUUAGUGGAAAAAUUAAUUAUUGUAACUGGACUCGUGUCAUUCGAUCCGAGAUAAUUGUACAUUAAUAAACAUGGGAGUCACGAGGAUGUCAACGCCUGGAUGUGAUCUUCAUAUAUUCCCGCAACAUAUUAUUGCGAAGUAUCCAUAGACUCUUCAUCUGAAACAGAUCAAACGCGUAAAAUAUAGUCAAAUAUUAGGCGCGCGCUGCAUUACAAGAAAUUAUAAUUGCGAUAGAUCGUUAACUCACAGAACUCAUUAAACAUAAAAUCGUCCUGAUAUUCCUUGAGAAAUUGCGUGGACCUGUUUUCAUCGAUGAACAAAGAGUAGACACGUUUCACGUCAUCGAUGCUGACCUGAGAACGAUCAAGAGAUCAUUGUAACAUUGUGAUUGUUUUUCCGUCAAUAAAUUGUACCACCUUAAACUCA